UAACAUGAGACACUCCACAGUAGAAAUUUGUGGAACUUGUGAAAAUAGCGGAAGCAUGGAUCCUUCGCCGCCACCAGACCCAAACGAGACCAACUGGAUCGUCCAAGUCGAGGAGAGCCUCAAGAGCAAGACCUCCGAUGACCAACGGCGCUGGAACAAGCGGUCCAUCUACAGGAUCCCUGCCCGCAUCACCGACCUCAAAAGCGAGGCCUACCGGCCGCAGGUUGUCUCCUUCGGUCCCUACCACCACGGCGAUGAACACCUCCUCCCCAUGGAGGAACACAAGCGCCGCUCGCUUGUCCACUUCCUCAAGCGGUCCGGGAAGCCCUUCAAGCCCUUCCUCGAGUCCCUAAAGGAGGUGCUGGGGGACCUCAAGGCAAGCUACGAUGCGCUGGACCCGAUGUGGAAGAAGGACAGCGAGGGCGCGGCAGGCCGGUUCCUGCAGCUGAUGAUCACUGAUGGCUGCUUCAUGCUCGAGAUCCUGAGGUUCGCAAAUUCGGAGGUGGACGACUAUGCGCCCAACGACCCCAUCUUUAGCAAUCACGGGAGGCUUUACAUACUUCCAAACAUUUGGCGGGACAUGCUGCUGCUGGAGAAUCAGCUUCCUCUGCUAGUACUGGAACGGCUGGUCGCCGUCUGUAAUGGCAAGAAGGAGGAAGAAUACAUCAACAGGCUCAUCCUUAACUUCUGGAGAGCCAGCGAGAACAAUCCAAGCACAGGAAAAUGCCUGCACGUCCUGGACGUCUUCAGGAAGAAGCGGGUCCAGCUCAAUCCGGACCAAGUGGUGAGCAUGGGCAACCUGAACAAUGCGUGCAUGGGAACAAGCCUGGACGUCUCCGAGAAGAGCCUGCCGAUGGAGUCCAAAGAGAACAAAGAGUGGAAGAGCAACGCCAGCGUGGAGACAAUCCCACCAGCCACCGAGCUCCGUGAGCACGGGAUCCAGUUCAAGCAAAGCGAAACCAACAGCCUCAAGGAGAUCUCCUUUGCCAGCGGGGUCCUGAGGCUCCCCGUGAUCGUGGUAGACGACGACACCGAGUCCAUGUUCCUCAACCUCAUUGCGUUUGAGCGCUUCCACGUCGAGGCUGGGACCGAGGUCACGUCCUACAUCUGCUUCAUGGACAACCUCAUCGAUAAGGAGCGGGACUUUGCUCUGCUCCGCAAGAAGGGUAUCAUCAGGAAUUACAUGGAGAGCGACGAGGCGGCAGCCAAGCUGUUCAACUUGCUGGCCAAGGACGUGAUGCUCGACCCGGGCAGCAGGCUCCAUGACAUGAUCAAGAAGGUCAAAGAAUACUGCAAGGAGAGGAGGCACAAGUGGAGGGCCAGUCUCAUGCACACCCACUUCAGGAAUCCUUGGGUUAUAUUGUCUCUCAUUGCCGCCUUCCUCCUCUUCGGGCUUACCAUAAUUCAGACCAUAUAUACCGUGCUCGGCUAGAAAAAAUGAACCCUCCCUUUUCCUCUUAGUACAAUAUAUUUUUUCUCCAUUUUUCGGGUUUUAACUUUUCGCCUAACGGCUCUCUUGAUGAGUUGUUGAUU